UCUCAAGCGCUUCGAGAGCGACGAACCUCCGCAGUAUAAUUCGGAGACCUCAUCGGAAUAUGACGAAGAUGAUGCUCCUGCAGAAGAUCCUGAGGAAGUCAUUGAUCGACCGCUCGACGAAGACGACAUCAAGUGGAUUUCCUUUGCAAUGGGGCCUCAGAUAACCCCUUGACAGCUCUAUCGCGUAGAAGCAAAGCGUGAGGAGAAGCGAAUCUGGACCCAAUGCCCUGGCCCAGUCUUUUAUAAGCCCAAGGGUAUCCGUCGACAAGCCAUUGUCGUUCGCCACAAUAUGAAGAAGCGCUGGGAGAAACUUGGCAUCUGGAAUCCUGUUUGGGGAUUUUCUGGACGCAACGUAAAGCCCAACGAUGACCCUUUCAAAUGGCGAUGGAAAUGGGACCAGGAAACUGGCGAAGAGACUGAUCGCCAGCCAGCGGAAGAGGACCUCAUCACACGUACACUGCUCGCUCGAAAGGACUUGCGACGCGGCGAGCACGUACCGAUUGAGCCGCAGCCUUCGCUUGUGCAAGACGCCACUGCCUCCGAGGCCGAGACAUUUCUCACAUCUAGGCCUUGGUUCCUAUACAAGCUUGAAGUCACUGAAGAAAAACAGCGAGCUGGUCGUGUGUCGCUCAAGGAUCAGCAACAGCUGCCCCAGGGUUCAUGCGCGGAGCAGGUCAUUGAGCGAUGGAAAGAGCGUGGGGAUUGGAAGGAUGAGUACGAUGAGGACGGUGUUACCUCCUGGAAAUGGAGGCACGAGUCUCCUGCCCCAGAGCUCGAAGAUCUCACGCCUAUACAAAGUAUGGCAGAGUCUGACUUGCUGGACGCUUCGGUCAUAGAAUUCACUCCAUCCGAGCUCGAUGAGUUGGAAAUCAACGAGCUCCCUUGGAAUGAACAGCCGGAGACCUAUUGGGUUACCCCAAAAGGCUUGGAAAGAUUGCCUGGGUUUCCUGGUGAGAUGCCGAAAAGCCACAGUGCCGAUUACCACUCGCCCCAGAUGCCCAUUUCUCGAUCAGCUCCAGUUGGGACUCUUGGCUCGAGAAAAGAAGCGUCUGAAAAGAUAAACAACAAGAAUUCGCUCUCUGCAGAUGCAUCAGAACAAAAACUUCUGAAACCGCAGAAACGCGCAUUGAACUGCACACCACAGAAGGCACGACGUGGCCGUCGUCAGCCGCAAACUGAGGCGACCAUCUCCCACGAUCAUGAUCAGUCUUCCCACACACCUCGGCGUAGUGCCAGGAUAGCCGGCACAAAACGCCCCGCCGAAUCGAUCCCCACAGAAGCGCCACCUAGCAAGCGACCUAGAGGCCGGAAAGCUUCGCGUGCUGACCAGCUUACCGUGUCAGAGCCUGGCCCAAGGAAGAAGACUUCUGCGAGAACGCGACCGCCGCCCCAAGAAGAGACGAAAGUUGUGCCCAAGCGAGGAAGGGGUCGCCCGGAAAAAGAGGCACUGAAACCUGCCCCGGCGAAGAUGACCACCAAAGCCCAACAUAGAGAAGGACGUGGCCGAGGACGACCUAGCAAGAAAGAGUCGGAGCCUAGCUCAUUGCAAGAGAGCCCGCCUAAGAGAAGACGGGGACGACCGAAAAAGGAGAAUCCUGCUACCACGCGUUCUUCUAUUUCCAAGAAGAAAUGAAUGUGUAAACACAUGGUCGACGCCAAGAACCACAGCAGGACCGAAUACGGCUCAGUAUGCAAUCUGCGAUUUAAAUUCUAGCAAUAUAACGGAUGGAUGAGAAUUGCGCAUGAGGAAAGCGGGAGAGAUGGAGCUUUUCACCACCAAGGGAGACGCCGAGGAUGCAGAGGAUUUUCUGUUGAUACCAAUUUUAGACUAAG